AUGGCCUUCCACAAGCUUGUGAAGAACAGCGCGUACUACAGCCGCUUCCAGACCAAGUACAAGCGCAGAAGAGAGGGAAAGACCGACUACUAUGCUCGCAAGCGCCUGAUCACCCAGGCCAAGAACAAGUACAACGCCCCCAAGUACAGACUCGUUGUCCGCUUCUCCAACCGCGACAUCAUCACCCAGAUCGUCACCUCCGAGAUCACCGGUGACAAGAUCUUCGCUGCCGCCUACUCCCACGAGCUCCGCGCCUAUGGCAUCGAGCACGGUCUUACCAACUGGGCCGCUGCCUACGCCACUGGUCUCCUCCUCGCCCGCCGCGUCUUGAAGAAGCUCGGCCUCGAUGAGCAGUUCGCCGGUGUUGAGGAGGCCGAUGGUGAGUACACUCUCACCGAGGCCACCGAGACCGACGAUGGUGAGCGCCGCCCCUUCAAGGCCUUCCUUGAUGUCGGUCUCUCCCGCACCUCCACCGGUGCCCGUGUCUUCGGUGUCAUGAAGGGUGCCUCCGACGGUGGUAUCCUCGUCCCCCACUCCGAGAACCGCUUCCCCGGUUUCGACAUGGAGUCCGAGGAGCUCGAUGCCGAGACCCUCAAGAAGUACAUCUUCGGCGGUCACGUCGCUGAGUACAUGGAGACCCUCGCCGACGACGAUGAGGAGCGCUACAAGGGCCAGUUCGUCAAGUACAUCGAGGACGACCUUGAGGCCGACUCCCUCGAGGACCUCUAUGCCGAGGCCCACAAGGCCAUCCGCGAGGACCCCUUCAAGAAGUACGAGUCCGACGCGCCCAAGAAGACCAAGGAGGAGUGGAAGGCCGAGUCCAAGAAGUACCGCCAGUCCAAGCUCACCCACGAGCAGCGCAAGGCUGGUGUCCAGGAGCGCAUUGCCGCCCUUCUUCAGGAGUAA